UUUUUUUUAUGGUAGUAAACACUCUGGCCUUUCUUAAUUUUUUUUUUCCGAUAUUCCUAAUAUGCACUCUUCGGAAAAAUACCGAAAGGAAACCCAAAUGAUUGAUACAAAAAAUAUGUAGCCCAAGUUACGUGUUAAACUACAUGGAUUUAAAAUAUCUAAAAAUAGCGAUACCUAUCUUAAAAAACGGCGAAGCUUUUCAUUAGGGCAAAUAUGGUAAAACAGCUUCGAUGUACCAAACACCCUGUAUAUUAACGGCAAGAUCCUUUAUUUUUUAGACACUGAAUAUUUGAAUCAGAAUUUCCAAUUCUUAAUCGCAUUAUUUUUUAAACAAUGUCACACAUGAUAUUUUGCAAUAGUAUCAACCAUGACUCUGUUCCAAAGUAGGGAGUGUAUUUAAACUAUGGCUAAGAAUAUUUUAUUGUUUAUUAUGCAUGAGUUUUUUUUCCAAUAACCAAUUAUUUGAAUUUCGAGUGUCUUGCCAACUAAGUGCUUUUCAGUGAUCAGAAUUUAAGCAGUGAAAAAAUGGAGAAUAAUUUGAAAUUUGGAUUUAUUUUGCUUUAUGUAAUCUCUACAGUUUCAUCAACAACUUGGGUAAUACAAGGGCCACGUGCCCUCUUUGGAUUAGCAGGAUCAGCUUCAGCGUCAGCUUCAUCACCCUCUACGACUGCCUCGUACAUAGCGGACCUUAGAAGAAAAGACUCUAAGGCAGCUCAACUCCAAGAAGAAAAAAGUUUAGUUGGCUUGGAACCGUUAUCGGAAGAAGUAAAUAAGAGUAAUGAGGAAGCAAAUAAUAACGAAGCUUCACCAAGUUUGUUACAGAAGAAGAUUGGAAAAGUCCUUGCCAAGCUUCGACUGAUAGCCCAAAUCAAAAACGCUUAUCACUACAAGCCAGAGGAACAUGAGCAUGAGUCAAACAUAACAUUGACGUCACAAGAGAACACUACAGAAGAAAAUCAAACAGAAUCAAAAGCAAAUAUCCAACAAAUACCUUCAGCAGCAUAUGGAGUGCCUCUCAAUGAUGAAGAUCAACCAGAAAAAAUUCAAAUAGAAAUUAAUGAUAAGUUGGAGAAUGAUUUUAAGCAUGAAAGUGACAAAAUCAAAGAACCGAAUAGACUGAGCACCAUUGGAGUGUUUUUCGCAGAAAUAUUAGGUUCAAUUGUGGGCUUAACGUAUGGAGCUUUUGCACAAAUUACUAGCGCAAAUCAGAAUCCUGUCACUGCAAGCUCUUCCGAAGGGCUUUGAUGGUGUUUUCAUUUGUAUAUAUUGUAUUAUAUUUUUUGAUUUGAUAAUCAAUUAAAAGUUGUUGAAAUUUG